AGAUGGCCUCAGCAGAAAAACGACAGUCUGUUUUGUCGUAUGGUGAACGGAACUAGUUAAUGUAGCGCGCAAGAAAGGAGCAAUUGAAUUGACCACGAAAUGUGAUGAUGUAUAAAUUUAGGGUUUUUCAAUUCAAAAUCAGAAAUCGAGAUUGAAAUUUGGAUAGAUAGAUAGGUAUGGAGGAAGAAGAAAAACAACAACAUGGAAAAGGAAGCAAGGUUAGGUCUUUGAUUGAAAUGGCAACAAACUCCACCGCACCUGAUGUUGAUCCCCGCCUCCUCAAAGCCAUUAAAACGGUGGUCCGCUAUUCCGAUUCCGAGCUCCGACUAGCUUCUCAAACCCUAAUGGAUCUCAUGAAGCGUGACCACUCCCAGGUUAGGUAUCUUGCACUUCAAAUAAUUGAUGAAAUCUUCAUGCGUUCAAAGCUUUUUAGGACUCUUAUUGUUGAGAAUAUGGAGCAAUUAAUGUCCUUGAGUGUUGGGUUUCGGCGAAAUUCGCCGCUUCCUGCACCUCCAUCAGUUGCAUCUGUUUUGCGUUCUAAGGCCAUUGAAUUUUUAGAGAAGUGGAAUGUGUCGUUUGGGGUUCAUUACAGACAGCUUAGAUUAGGAUAUGAUUAUUUGAAGAAUACACUCAGGCUUCAGUUUCCUAACAUACAAGCUAAUGUGGAGAGGAUUCAGCAAGAGAGAAGGGAGAGGGAGAGGAGGUCGAAAGAGAUUUUGUUGAACAAGUAUGAAUCUUUGAAAGAGAAAUUGCCUUCAAUAAAGGGAGAGAUACUGUCUACGAUGGGUGAGAUUGAUGGGUGUUUAGACAUUUUGCAUUCAAAACAGGAGCAUGAGUCAGAUGAUAUCUUAGAUGAUGAAGAGCUUGAUGACUUCCGCUCUUUGGAGCUGCAGCAACUUCGCCGUGAAGCAUUGAAUGAAGGGGAAAAAGUUUACGAGAGCAGCGAAAACAAGGUAGUUUUUGAUGCAUUGAGGGAACUGUACAAACUUCUGGUGACAAAGCACUUGGUUUCCAUCCAAGAAUGGGUUUCCGUACUUGUAAGAGUUGAAGUAGUCGACAAUAGAUUUAGAGAUUCUACUUUGAAGGAGUUUAUUGAUAUCCAAAAUCGUCUUAAAUCAGUUAAAAAGAGAUGUGAGGAGGCAGGUUGUUCUAUUCUAUCAACACGUGAUGGGGAAGAAGAUUUUUGGGAGGAGGGUGAUGUUCUAUUCGUUGAAACUUCAUCUAGUGCGCCUGAUAAUCAAAACAAGCACACUGACAUGGCAUCAACUUCCCAUAAUACGAGCAGUGAUAAUCUUGGUUCAUACGCUACAGAGUCUAAAAGCUCUAAAACUUCCCAUAAUACGAGCAGUGAUAAUCUUGGUUCAUACGCUACAGAGUCUAAAAGCUCUAAAACUGAUAGCCUACAUCAUGGCGGAAAUGAAUCUGAGUCAAACCCUCUGAGGAGUAAACUUUUGACCAAUGCUCCUGUGGUAAGUUGGGGUUCUCACUUGGAUACUUGGGGUUCAAACAGGGUUUUUAUGGCCAACCAGCGGGGCUUGGAUCUUGAUAGUCACUGGGGUAGGGUAGAUGAUGAUGCAGUUAUUCCAUCAGAUAAAAUUGCUGAAUUGAGUGUUCCAGCAAUGCCUUAUGAAGAAAAGCAAAUUGAGAUCCAACCAUGCCAUGCUCCUUUGAGAAAAGGGGGACUCUGUCGGAGAAGAGAUAUGAAAAUUUGUCCAUUUCACGGACCUAUUAUUCCUCGAGAUGAUGAAGGGAGGCCGCUUACUACAAGUCCUUCAGAAGACGUGAAUGUUAAUGUAAAGACUGAUUUAGUAGAGAAGUUAGCAAAACAAGCAGUAAAGAAUGUCCGGGAAACUGACAAGGAGGCGGCCAAGAAGAGAGAAAUUGAUAAACAAGCAUUGAAACGUGCAAAACUUGCUAAAAUUCGGGAACACAACGAAGCAGUUUUACGGGAUGCUGCAUUGGCUUCAACUUCAAGCUCAGCUGCCUUUGGAGAAGAAGAUGAGGCAACUAAGAGAGACAAGAAAGCAAGUCUCGCAUCCAUGCUAAGAAAGAAAGUAACAUCAAAAGAUAGAAUAGCUCGGAAGCUUUUGAGUUCACGGGCAAGGUAGCUAGCAUUUGUCAAUCAAGGAUGCUAAAUAUAGAGGUGCCUUCGCAAAUCAACGGUAAACUGGUAUGGUUUUGAUGGAGCUUGUCUGAUCAUGAGGCCAAUUAUUUGAAUUGAGAGAGGUGGAUAAGUUAUUUUUUCUUAGGCAGAUUACCAGGAUAAGUUAAUUAGGAGUAGUAGUUUGGUCUGUUUGUGUUUCAUUUUUUAAUUUUUUUACCCCACAUUUUAUGUGAAAUCAUUUUGUAUAUAUUAUGUGCCAGAAGGUUACCAAUUCGGCAAUUGAUGUGGUCCUGUUGGUUGUCAACAAUAACUGCUUUGGAAAUUGCAACAUGUCUUGAAUUCAUAAAAAUUGUCACAGAAAUGAAUAUUGGCAUCUGUGAUUUGGUAUGGCUAUUUUGGCUGAGUAAAUGAAAUUGCAGUAGCAGUAGCACACACACCAGAUCCGUGAGGUGUGGAAGGGAUCUUAAUUUGGAAAGUCUCGUGUGAUAUUUUAA